ACACACAGACACAAAUUCUCACAGCCACACCUGCCUGCCAUACACCCUUCUCUCUAUGCUAUUUAUUCUACACACGCCCAGCCCACUUGACACACGCACACACACACGCGCACGACCGAAUUCAGUCACGCCUGCCUCACUCUUCUCUCUAUCUAUCCACUAGCCUUGCUACCACAAGGGCUGCCUGGCCUCACCCUGGGAGACACCAACCCUCGCAGACAAGAGCUGCCCGCCGAUAUGCUGCGGGCAACCGUCGACAAGAAUGACGGUCGGUGCUGAGCACUCGUGCCUCGCGAAACGGCCGGUGCGACCAGCGGCGACACCGGAUACCUCGGCGGAGCAUACACAGGGGGCGGGCGGGUCUGAUACCGCGGAGACGAUACCCAGGAAGGCGCCAUCGCCGCCAUCGCCGGCAUUGGCCGCCGUGGCGUGUAGCCUAGCGAGGGCGUGUACGUCAGAGGACUGUCGAAGGGCGAGAAUGUCAGCCGGAUGGGGGCCCUCUUGGGCGGCCCAGUCAUGGGCCGCAUCGUCGUCUUGGCAGCCGGAACGACCAUGGGGGCGUGAUACCGUCUCGGCUCUUCCACUGAAGUGAUCUGGCGACGCACCGACCGCUCCUCAGCACGCAGCGGCACAGAUGGUGCCCGCAGCCUGGGCGGAGACACAACAUAUGACACACCAGCCGUCAACCUGCAUCAAUGCGCGUGUGGAUGUCAUUGGCCUUCUGACGUGAGUCUGGGUGCUCUGAAUGAGAAGGGCCGAAGGAGGCCUGUCAUAGGGUCAGGGAGUGUUCUCCGGCUCGGUGCUGGCGGGAGACACCGCGGGCUGAUGAUACGGCGGUCCCUGAAACGCCCUGUGCGCUUCACAGGGAGACUCACGGACGUGCUGCGCAGAUCGCGACCUGAAAGGAGAGUGAUAGACCUUUCUGACAAUGGAUAGCGGCCUAUCUUCCUUCUUGCGUACGCUCAGCUGGCGGCUGCCGGACUGCCAUCAGCGUCUGCGCUUCAACUGCAGCGAGCGCUUUCCUCUCCCCCUCUUCUCGUGCUGGUGCUGGCGCUGUCGCUGGUGCUGGCGCAGCAAGGGCCUCCCGCUGGGCCUCCAGCCUCUCCAGUUCCCUCUGCAUAGCACGCUCCGCCUCCCUCCUCUCAUCCUCCUCCAU